AUGAAUGUUUGGUCAUCUUGUACAGGUUGUGAGAGGCGAGUUGUGUGCGCGAUCGCGGGCGUGUUCGCGUGUGUGUGCGGACGGUCGUGCGGGGCGGACGGCGGUGGUGUGUGUGUGAGGCGGCGACACCGGCCGCAAGACGGAGAGCGCGCGGCAGCCGGGGCCCGUGCUGCGCGCCGCGGGGAGGACCGCCGUCCCCCCGAGGCGGCGCUGGGUCCCGCCAUCCACGCAGCGGCACCACGAUGUGCCCGACGGAGAAGCCAAGCACGACGUCAUCCAUAG